GUUUCAUGUAAUCAGCGAGCGGGGGCUUCUUUUAUGAUUCAGCUGUUCUUUUCAAGUUCUUUCUCGCCUUUCGAUUUUUUUUUGGCCUGCCUCUACUUUUCCCGUUACGCUCGGAUGAAGCUUCACGGCCCGCAGAUAUAGCUGGGAGCAUUUUCUCAUAUUAGCGGCUUCUAAAUCCACCACUGGCGGCAUCGACGUCCGAGCAAGCACAGCGAGAAUGCUAAAGGCUAUGAGGCUGCAGGCACUCGUAUGCCUUUUCCUGGUCCUGCAAGUGACCGCCACGGCCGGCUUUUAUCCACAGAGACGAGAUGAUACCUCCGCUUCAACGCCCGCCGCUUCAUUGCAUGGUUCAGAACCAAGUCCAAAGCCGAGUCCACAGCCAAGUCCACGGCCCUCUGCUACCAAAGAGCGACACGAUGACAGCAAGCAGACAGACGCCCCGAAACAGUCGACUCACACAGAUGCUCCUGACAGCACUACAACAUCCGCGACACCGACAAUUCAGACCACAGCCACAGUUGCUUCGGACAGCCCUUUGAAUACUUCGGCCGUGUUUAACUCAACAAUCCCGAUCCCCCCCGGCCAGCUGCCUAUUCAGCCCGUCAUAACUCCAGGAUGGGGUGUUGCUGGAGCCAUUUUGAUACUCACUGGAAUUUUCUAUACCAUUAUUGGGCUCAGAAAUCGAUGGAUCAACUGCUUCUUCUCGACUGCCUACCUUACCUCUCUCGGAAUAACAGUCCUUGUAGUCUAUCUCAUGGACGUCCCUGUCAGCCUGGCAAUUCAGGGAGCAUAUGUCGCUGCUGUCACUCUAUCUGGCUGUGUGCUAGGAGCAGCAUCAUUGAUCUUUCAAGAGUUAACUGAAGGCCUGGGAUGUGCUCUGGGAGGCUUCUGUCUUAGUAUGUGGCUUCUUUGUUUGGUACCAGGAGGCUUGCUACAUGAUACGCUAGGUCGAGCAAUUUUCAUCUCUUGUCUUUCUGUCGCUGGCUUCGCCUCCUCUUUUAGUCACUACACCCGAGAUUGGGCCAUGAUUAUUUUGAUGUCUUUUGGAGGCUCAACAAUAAUUGUCUUGGGUAUUGACUGUUUCAGUAGAGCCGGGCUUAAAGAAUUCUGGGCUUAUAUCUGGAACCUAAAUGGAGAUUUAUUUCCCCUUGGUACAGAUACCUAUCCUAUUACUAGAGGCAUCCGAGUAGAAACUGCGGUAAUCGUUAUUAUCUGCCUCAUCGGAAUUAGCUCCCAGAUGAAACUCUGGAGAGUUGUCCGAGACAGACGCGAUAGAAAGGCUUUGAAGCUCGCUGAGGAUCAGAGGUGUCUUCAACAAGAAGAAGAAAAUGUCGGUCGCAACAUUGGACAGCAAACAGCACGGGAACGAGUUGCCUGGGAAAAGGUCUAUGGAGGCAGAAUUCUUCAAGACAGCAAUGGUACAAGUACUACCUCACACUACUCAUACGGCACCGACAGCGGCAGCAAUAGCAAAAGACAACCAAGAAUCCAUUCUGAGUCUAUUUGCACAGAAUCCAAAACUGAUAUUGAGAUGACGGAAUUGUCAGAUUCAAGUGUAGUGCAAGCCGGCGCAGAUGGACUCAUGUCCAUGGAAAUGGCCAAGGAAGGCAAAUUCAUGGUACGAAUAGCUGCAGACGAAGUAAUGGAGACGCCAAACAACAGGGAAGGUGAGAUAGCCGAAGAGCCAAUUGACGCAAUUUCAGAAUUUGGCGCGGAAGGUGUCGAUAGCGACAGAGCUGGGUCACACUCAGAGAUGGCCAAGGAGAAGGAAAUUUCUCAAAUAAGCUCAGAGCGUAGACGGAGUUCUCGACAGAAGAGUACGACACCCGCCCCUGAGGUAGUUCCCUUACCAUUCAAGACCCCGACAGAAGAAGACUUGAAAUCUAUUGGUGAUCGGUCGUCUGUUGCGACAUUUGCUGAUGACGAAGUCUUUGCAUCUGCGACUCCCCUUCGAAAUUCUCUCGUCCAAAGAGUCUCACAGAGCUCAGUGACGCUUCUUAGAAGCUUAUCUCAGCAGAGGAAAAAGAAUAUGUCUCCUGAACGCCAGUUAGAGACUGGUGAAAGCUCUGAAGAUUUGGUUGAGCCAGUAGCCUCUGUCCAUGAUGAUAGCAGAUCCUCCUUGGCGGCAACCGUUGAUUACGAAAGCUUGAGCGAUUAUCAGAACGAUCAUGAGUCUGUCAUCGAUGGUGGUAUCCGAAAGAGCAUCGAGAUCACUGCAGAGCUAGGCGAAGCCGAAGCAACUCAAAAUCCAGAGGCGGCGGAAGUCGAGGCUGCAGCCGUGAAUAAUAUUGAGAAAUCAGAGGUCAUUGAAUCUCAAACAAUAUCCAAGAAAAUGCCAGCCAAUGAAGAAAUUGAAGCAACAUCCGGAUCAAAUGAGAAAUUCGAUGGCGAUGGCGAUGAGUUAGAUAGAGAAGUCUCAGAUGCCAAGGCUGGAAAUGCAGCCGGAGAGGAAGAUACCUCGGCAGCUCAUGAACAGGAACACACUGCAACCGCAGGCAGUAUGACGGAAGGCAAACUGCCCGAAUCUAACGAAAAGAACAAAUCCGUUUCUUCAGCAAGUUCAAUUCCAGUGACUUUGACAAAAGAUCGAUUACCGACGUCUAUGUCAAAGGCUGCACUUUCUUACAGGACGAAUGAGUGGGCUAAACAUCUUGGCCAUGCGGACACUCCUGAACCUGACGCUAUUCAUAUCGAGCCAUAUUCGCCUGAAGUGGAUAUGGAAGAAGUCCCCAAAUACGUCGAUAUCGAGGAUCUUCAGAGAAACAUUACUGACACCUCGUCAUAUGUGUUUCCUGAGCAAUCCGAUUCUGGAUCAAACCAAGAGCCCUCCGUGCAGCCAAACGCCAAGACAGUUAAGAAACAAGCGCGUAUUUCUAAUAUCGUUGUUUCCCCGGCAGUGUCUGCGGAUGCUACGAGCCCCAGCGGAAGUCCUAGAUCGCCUACUAGUGACAUGGCCGGUCUCCAGCCAGCCGCCGUAACCCUACGACGUACAUCUUCAGGUUUUGCCCCGAUUGUCGAAGAGCAAGAUGCUAUCCAAGCUAGUAGGCUAUCCCUGGAAGGCACUUCUCAGCAAGACGGCACCCAGCUGAAUCCGGCACCAUUCCGGCCGAUAGUGCCUCGUGUUGUGUCUUAUUCGAGCCCUCAUACUCUACUCGGUCAGAGAGAAUCUGUCCUACGGAGUCGAUCACAAGGCAAUCUCGUUUCCCAGCUAGCCGACUAUCACAUUGAUACACAGGGAUCUGUUGUUGACGCAGACUCCCUUCACAACUAUCCUAUAAACGCUCGAAUGCUUAGCCCUGAUCCCGAUGAUCUUCCGCUGAGCCGACGAAGAGAGAUUAUACGCCAAGGCAGCAGGACAAACUUACCACCUUCAAAUUAUAGGUUGAAUCGCUCAAGUAAUGGAGUUGAAGUUUCCGGAAAUACGCAAUUCAAUUCACAUCAACCGAAGAGAAUAUCCUCUGUCUCUGCGAUAGCCCAAGAAACAAGACUUGCCAACUUUCGACAUUCGAUAGCCAGAGAUCUUCAGUCAAUGACUCCUGGCGUUCCCCCUAAUCUCGGCCGCGAAACUCCCUUUGGGCCAACGCCCGUUCUUAUUGAUGACAUGGAUAUGCAACGUAUGGUAUUAAUGGAAAAGAAGGAAGCGGAAAUACAACGGAAGGAGAUGCAAAGGCGAGAAAAGGAGUGGAAUGAUCGAGUGUUCGAUGCUCGCAUGCGGAGCGGCGAUCUCUUAGACGCACACCGCGAGGUCAUACGGAAGAUGCAGAGUUCGGCGAAAGAUGCAUGAUUGGACAGAUAAUGGAUAAAGACAUGGCGGCACCUGACUCUAUAUUAAAGAGCGUCGGGCGGCGCGGUAGUGGAUCA